AAUAUAAUGUCUAAAAUGUUUAGGUUUACAAACAACACCCCAUCCACGUACUAAGUUGUAUACGAUUGUCAGUUUCAAUAUAUGCAUGUACAUUCUGCAACCCGAGUAUUCAUCUUUUCACAAAAAUGCAUGCUGGUAUAACUAUUCAAUCCCAAAGUUAAUUUGACUUCACGAAAACCCGUGGUUCUGCACAAACACUCGUGCAGGUGUGACUGGUAAAUUAAAAAAAAAGAGAUUUGUUCAGUUCAAAUCUGAUAAAGUACCGGUAAUUGAAAAUAUUGAUCAAUAUGUUCUUUUAUUUGAACCACAUUGUAGAUGAAAUGUACAUAAAUUUCCAUAUUUUUUUUUUCAUAUUUACAAUUUUGUAUAACUUUAAGGAAAGAAAACCCCUUAUUUACAUGUACAUGCAUUAUGAUAGAGGCUUAAUGAGGAAAAUGGUGUAAAAUUAGAAUAUUGUCUAAAUUCCUGUAAAUCAAAAGGGCAUGCUCACGAUUUCAACUAAAAUUUGCAACCUUCCACUGCAAAUGAUAAUCAAAAGGUGCUAAAAUUAAAUCAUUUAAUGUAUAUAUGAUUUUAAUGCCAGUUGUAAAAUUUAAAUCGAAAUACAGAAUGAUAGAGCUCAUAUGCACGCAAACUAAACGAAAUAUGUGAUUGUAAUACUAGUAGAUUAUAAAUACUAGCUAGAAAAAUUUAAUGCAUGAUUUCAUAUGUCAUGCUCUUGCAUUUUGUUAAUAAAAAUCAAUGUGUCUAAAUAUGGUUAACUUUGUGGGGUUUUUUUAUUUUGUUAAAGAUUUUACAUCUUGUGUUACCGACCAAAGUUCUUUACUGGAAUUUUCUUCCUAAGACGUCCAAGUCUUAUCUUUGGUCACCAAUGGCAACUGAUCCGGAGCCAUCAGCAUUUUAUAUGCAGAUAGACCAUUACAUUGAGCGAGUUAAUCAAUGUAAGACUAAGGAACAAUAAAAAUCAUAAAAUCAUCGCUUUAAUUGUUCCGUAAUAGAACGGAAAACAUUGACAUUAAUUGGCUGAUAAACAUCAACGCACCAUUAACCAACACGCAACCUUAUGGAGCAGAAACCUUCAUCUCCCAGAAUAGACCUUCCAAGAGUUCGAGAGUCCCGUGUUUUACGUUUUGAACAGCAUCACUCCCAAUAUGGCUCCGGUGCUCAGAUUGUUGUCCAUCUCUCUAUACGUGACUUCAACACUGGUCGUUUUCCUGCUGAACCUUCCAGUUAUCAUUAUUUUAAUCAGUGGUCGGUGUAUGGGGCGGAAGAUCCGGAACGUCCACAUCCUGAGUUUGAGCAUCACCGACUGUAUGGUCAGCGUCAGUAGCGUGUUCUUAUUCUACGCCCUACGUGUCACCGACGGAAUUAACGACCCUAAACCUCCACUGCAGUACGCCAGGUGUUGGGUGGCCCUGGGUGUUUACCUGCUUACCAUUGUGGCCUCCCUGUUACACCUGUGCUUCAUUUGUGCAGAUCGUUGGUGGAUAUUAACCAAAAAUUAUUCGACAGAACGAACUAAAAGAGUGUUUCGAUUUUGGAUAAUCAUCAUAGCAACGUGGGUCUGCUCUUUUGCAAUUGUGUUUAUACCAUUUACCGCUUUAAGGAGGGAUCAUACAAUAACUGUAUGUUCCAUUCCGGAACUGUUUUCGGAUUUUGGUGCUCAUAUAAUAUUUCGUUCGUGGGCAAUUCUUCUCUUUCUUGGCCUCUUUUUCAUCAUAACGUCCUGUGGGUGGAUGUUAUAUCGAAUUCUUAAUCUUCAAAAAUCGCUCAUACACCCAGCAAGGAAUGGUCAGAAGGAUGUUUUCACAGUCAGCAAACCUCGCGUCAUCUUUGUUCGGCCUCGAUCUGUUGUUCAGGAAGGCAACCAUGCUCCAUCUAAACCAGAUAAGCCCAUGAGAGUCAAACUAAAUCGACUUUCGUUGAGGACCGUCAAACUAGUGGCCCACAGGAAGGCGGUGGUAACUUUGUUGAUCCUAGCAGGAUGUUUGCUCUUCUGUUUAUCUCCCCUGUGUGCCGUUAACUUCCUGAUGGGCUGGAGCCAUACGUUUCCAAAAAACGCGCGUAGCCAAGAUGCCAUUUAUUUUGUCUGCGUGCUUUCAAGCCUGAAUUCCGCCUGUAACCCAUUGGUGUAUGCGUUCAGAGUGAACGAAGUGAGACACAAUUUACGAGCGCUGAAGAAGAAACUCACAUGUUGUUUCUGUUCAUAUUUGUGGCAUGUUGACUGAUACAGGAAAUGUUUUAUACCAAAUAAAUUCUCUUCUUUAUGUAUAUAAUAGAGCCAAUUUUACGCUUCCACUUAUUGAUACAUUAUCUUUAGCCUAUAACUCUUUAUAUAGAUAACUACAACUUUAUACAGUGGUGGAGCGGAAGACCAUUGGGAUCGAAGAAAUUUAAUUCAUUGUGCAAGUCUUAGGAGAGAGAGAGAGAGAGAGAGAGAGAGAGAGAGAGAGAGAGAGAGAGAGAGAGAGAGAGAGAGAGAGAGAGAGAGAGAGAGAGUUAAGCUUCGAUUUUAAGACAUCCCUAGUCCCUGGAAGGAACACGGCACUGUACAAUAUAUCUGGAGAGAACUAUUCGGACCUCAAAGAAAUUCUAUGAUUAUAAAAAGCACGUCCUUUCAGGCACUUUUCGUCAAGAAAAUAAGUAAUAGGUUUUUGUUUAAUUUGCUUAUUCUAUAUGCAUGCAUAUAAGAAAUAGAAUAUGUCAUAAAAGAGAGUUAUAGAAUCUAACAAGAAAUUCGCUACAACUUUGUGAAUAUUCAGUCUUUUCGAAACAUACCUCAACUUACACAAAAUU